GUACACUUGGCCCACAUUAUUCCUGCUGGCUUGCAUCUACGGCAACCUGCUUGGCAACAAGGAGUCAGUUGGGCUGAGGCCCUGAGCCCCACUAUCAGAAGGGACGAGGCUGACGUGGAAGAAUUUGGGACUGUGGGUGGUUUCUCCGAAAGCCAUGGAAUCCUCUGCAGGGCCUGGGAUGCCUUCGCCCAAAUACUGCAGCAUGGCCAGAACCCUGAAAGCGCGUGCCUGGGCCUGUGCCGCUCAGCCCUGCAGUGCAGGCUGUCACCUUGCCCUCCAGGCGCCCUGGCUCACCUGGCACAACCCUUCCACCAGAUAUGUGUCUUACCACCCGUUUCUCCACAUUGGUGACCUGGCAUGCCAGGGCCCUGGCUGGCUGGGAACAACUGGAGAUGCUGCUGACACAUGGGUCCUGGCAAGAAGGGAACCAGAUGGCUUUUAUUACCGGGCUCAGAUAAAGCCUGCUCCAGAGCUGGAGAGGCAGGGGGCUCUGCUUGUGGAAUUUGAGACUCCCCUAGUCACAGACCCAAAGUUGCCAGCCCAGCGGCAGAGCGUGGUCUUAGAAGAAGAUGUCAUUCAGUUCCCAUCAUCCUCCCUGCGACCUGGGGACAAGGUGCUAGCACUGUGGGGGCCAGGCCGACAGCGGUAUGGCCCAGGCACUGUUCUCUUGGGCUUGGAGGCGAGAGACCCCCAGAGAGAAUCAAAAGAAAUUACUGUUCACUUCUGGAAUGGCAGGACAGCUACAGUGCCUCCAGGUGGGGUCAGGUGGGUGUCCCCAACAGUCUGGAAGAAGGCUGUGGAGAAGCUGCACAAGCCUUUUGCCAGGGACCACCCUACUCCCCUCCUGUGGGCGCCCCGCUGCUGUCUGCUGGGGCCACCCACUGGGCUUCCUCUGGGCACUCCGUUCCUAUGCCCUCCAUGCCACUCCCUUACCUGCUGCCAGCCGCUGUGCUGGGACUGCCUCUGCGGCUCCCCCCUGGCUGGACCCACCUGGUGGCCUCUAACCAGGACCUCAGGGCUCCUGACUAGGGAACACCCAGAGGUGGAGCAGAAGCCCACAGCGCAGCUUAUGCCCCUAGAAGGCCCUGAAGAGGAGGAAGCACCAGUGCAAACUCCCGUGGCUGUUUCCUCCUCCUCCUCUGCCUCCUCCUCUGCCUCCUUGGAAGAGGAUUUGGAGAAUGAUCCAGAGAUGAGUCUCCCCCAGAGGCUGAUGGCGGACAGCACGGCCAACACAGACCCUGUCCUUUUCGAGAAGUCUCCAAGGAGGCAGGGUGGCCUCUGCCAGCCCGAGUGGAGGUAUUGGAGGAGAAACGGGUAUGAGCCAUGUCCUGGGAAGCCAGGAACAAGAUGUUUUAAAAUCCAGAAAGAAGAGAAGGGCAACCAACAACAAAGAGCACAAAUGGUAUUAGUGGGAAACACUGAGAAGCUGGUUGUGGCAGCAACCGCGGCAAAGGCCCUACAGAUCCUGCCAGGGGAAGCCAAGCGCUGCAGCACAUCAGAGGGGCCAGGAUUCUCCUGAGACUAAGAGCCCUGUGGACCCGGGAAGCUAGAGUCAUGGUGGUGAACACCUGACGAGGAGUCACGAAGUGGCUGUCAGGCCUUCUUCCGUGGAAAUACGUGGAGUGCAGGCCACUGAGAACAGUGGAAUAAGCAGCAGGGUCUUCACCCUGUUC